AUCUUACGUCGUGUUCCUCUCCGCGUAUUUGGAGUGCUCCCGUUUUAGAGUGGUAGCCACAAUGUAUUGCUCGUAGGACACCGUGUCGCCAUCAGCCGCGAACCUAACUGUGAUCUUUAAGUAGACGUGUCCAGCUCAUUAUACAGCCGAAGUUCGCAUCAUCCAUACCGCGAAGAUGCUGACGGAAAAUCACUUCACGCCUUUCGACUAUUUCAUGAUGGUGGCCGUUUUGGCCUCUUCGUCGCUGAUCGGGAUCUAUUUCGCAUGGAAAGAUCGGAAGAACAUGAGCAACAAACAAUUCCUCAUGGCGAACCGUCAGCUCGGAGCUUUCCCCGUAGCAAUGUCGCUAAUGGCGUCGUUCCAAAGUGCGACUACGUAUCUAGGAUAUCCGUCCGAAAUGUUUUACAGAGGAACACAAUAUUGGGUCGCCAUAUUCGGCUUGGCUAUCUCGAACAUUAUUGCCGCCGAGCUCUAUCUGCCCGUUCUAUAUGAGCUGAAACUAACGUCUGUGAACUCGUAUCUCGAGAGAAGGUUCAACCGCUGGGUUCGCAUGCUCGGAGCAAUUUCAUUCACACUCAACAAUCUCCUCUAUAUGGGCGUUGUAUUAUAUGGACCGUCCCAGGCGCUGAAACCAGUAAUUGGGCUUCCUUUGUGGAUCUCGAUAGUCGGCUUGGGUUUACUGUGUACAUUUUACACCACACUGGGUGGCGUCAAGGCCGUGGUCUGGACCGAUGUUAUUCAAAUGUCCAUAGCUGUGCUGGGAAUGGUCGCGCUGUCUGUGACGGGUAUUGUAAAGGCUGGCGGCCUUGAGGAGGUUUUCGCCAAAGCCCAACAAGGUGGCCGUAUACAGUUCUUCAAUACCCAAUGGGAUCCCAGCUCGGGCACCGUCAUAUGGAACGUCCUCCUCGGUACUACCAUGGUAUGGUUGGGGUCUUACGGGACGUCUCAGACCGAAGUUCAACGAUUCUGUUCGGUGUCCACCCUCAAAAAAGCUAAAAUGGCUCUGUACUGGAACAUUCCUGGUGUCAUGUUCAAUAUAUCCCUCGGAUGUCUCGCAGGUUUAGUGAUUUACGCGAAUUACUACGAUUGCGAUCCACUGAAGGCCGGGCGCAUCGACAGGGUUGACCAACUGAUGCCCUAUUUUGUUAUGGAAGUCCUCGGCAAAAUACCUGGUCUGCCCGGGCUUUUCGUAGCAGUAAUUUUCUCUGCCGCACUAUCAACGAUGAGCUCGGGAUUCAACUCCCUGGCGGCAGUCGCGUACGAAGAUUUCCUCCAAUUUGCUAACAUACCUCUGCCUGCGAUCGUGAUUACUAAAACUGCCGCUGCCACUUACGGAUUUCUGACAAUCGGUCUCGCUUUCUUGGCCGGCUCAAUCGGGAGUUUGAUCAAAGCCGCCUUCGCGAUGUCAGGCGCUUUGUCAGGUCCAUUGCUCGGAGUUUUCACUCUUGGAAUGCUUGUGCCACAUAUAAAUGGAAAAUCUGCUCUUCUCGGACUCAUUGUGGGGCAGGCUCUCUGUUUGGUUAUCGUAUCCACCGCGUUGCAAUCGGAUGACUUUCAAACGCUCGAGACUUCGAUCGAGGGCUGUUCGAAUUCCUCGAUGAGCUUCUCCGAAGUGAAUUCCACGAUCGCCACCUUCGUGGGAGAUUCUACGAAGAAGGCGGCCACAACAAUAUCGCAUCUCCUCGUUCCCAUUUCGGGAUUCUCUGUGACUGUCGUCGUAGCUUUGGUGUCAACUUUAUUCUUUGGUGUUAAUAAUCCCUCCUCGGUCGACAGAGAACUCCUCGCAAAUUGCAUCCGAGAUAGAUACCAUCCCCGGAUAGAUACGAUUGCUGCAGUUUCAACGAACGGCGCCACAGGAAAACUCGCAAGUGAUACACCGCUAUAGUUCAAAUGCCGCGAGAAAAAAACACACGAGAAUAGUCAAGAUAGUACUCGCGUGCUUCUUGAGAGCAAAGUUCCAAUACCACAAAAUCGAUGUAAAUAUAUCCGGGACACCGUCUUAGAAUGUCCGAAGCAGGAGAUAGGAUGGAGUUCAGUCGUCGAAUAUAAUCACACUGUACAUACCAUAUAGCGGGACAUUCAAAUUCAUAAAAUUAAGCAUUAUCAUUAAUGGUAUCUCAACUCCGGAUCGAGAUGAUUAGCUUGUACCCGUGAAGGAAUCGAUCCUGAUUUGUACUUUUGGGAAUAAACUACGGCCCAAUUCGAUUGUUCAACCCUAGUAGAAUCGAUUGGUCUAUGAUCGAAACCCCAA